GGUCCUCUGUUAUCUUUGAGAAAAGAGAGAGAGACUUGAAAUGCAGGUUGAUGACAGAUUCCUGUCUCCAGUUCUAGUUUGAACCUGAAACCUGGAGAAUGAAACUAAACCCGUUCCUUCAUCUCUCUUUAUCCGUCCUGCUCUAUAAUGGGGCAGUGGCGGAAAUACAGUAUUCGAUUGAAACAAACUGGAAUGGAAAGCCGGUCGUUCAUCCAGCAGCUAAUUUAACCCUCUCAGUCGGACCAACAAAUGACACUUUCACCAUUCAUGUUCAGGCGGCAUACUUUGGCUCACCCGAAAUUCCAGAUUGUGAGGCUGGAUACCCAUACGAUGCAUUAUACAAUUUUGAGGUGGUUGAAACGUUCUUUCUUUGCUCUGAGAGCAAUGAAUAUGUAGAACUAGAGUUUGCUCCGUGUGGGGCCCAUCUUGUCCUCCUGCUCUACCCAACUAGAAAUGCAUUAGUUGAGUAUCUACCUCUGGAAUUUACUGCUCAGAUUGACCGCCAAGCAGGAGUAUGGAUUGGAGAUGUAAUUGUACCAACAUCAUUCCUUCCUGCAGAUGUAAACAGAUUUAAUGCGUUUGCCAUUCAUUCUGGAACCCCAGAGGAACAGGUCCAACAUUGUUACACUACAUUAGCCGGCCAACACAGCGAGAAAAAUAACCUGAAUGUUUUGUGA